AUGCAAAGAUGUAAAUAUUUGGUAUGUAACACAGAUUCCGCAUUUCCGGUAACAACUACAACUCUCGAUACAGAGCACGAAGUAGCGAUUGCUUUGGGAAGCAAUGUUGGAAACAGAAUGAAUAAUUUCAAAGAAGCUUUACGAUUGAUGAAAAGUUAUGGGAUUCAUGUAACGGGGCAUAGUUGUUUGUACGAAACAGAGCCUGUUCAUGUAACUGACCAACCCAAGUUUCUCAAUGGUGUAAUAAGAGGCUUAACAAAGCUCGACCCUCAUGAGCUUUUGAACGUUCUCAAGAAAAUUGAGAGAGAAAUGGGUCGUGAGGAAAAUGGUAUAAGGUAUGGACCAAGACCACUUGACUUGGACAUAUUGUUCUAUGGGAAGCUUAGAAUAAAUUCUGAUAAACUUAUUAUUCCUCAUGAGAGAAUUUGGGAAAGACCAUUUGUAUUAGCACCUUUGGUAGAUUUGCUUGGUUCAGAUUUUGAUAAUGAUCAUAUAGUUGCACAUUGGCAUUCACUCUCAAUGCUUCAAGGUGGAAUCUUCCAAGCUUGGGAGAGAUUAGGUGGCGAAUCAUUGGUCGGAAAAGACGGUAUACUACAAAGAGUUUUACCAAUAGGUAGUGACCAAUUGUGGGAUUUUUCUACGAAAACUUAUGUGAUGGGUAUACUUAAUCUUACUCCUGAUAGUUUUAGUGAUGGAGGACAGUUUCAGUCAAUAGAUUAUGCGGUCUCUCGGGUCCGUUCUAUGAUAUUUGAAGGUGUAGAUAUAAUCGAUAUCGGUGCACAAUCCACACGACCAAUGGCCUCGAGAAUUUCUACCCAAGAAGAGUUAGAUAGACUUAUUCCAGUUUUAAAAGUUGUUCGCGGUAUGCCAGAGAUGAAAGGAAAACUCAUAUCCGUGGACACUUUUAACUCUGAGGUUGCUUUCGAAGCAAUAAGAAAUGGAGCUGAUAUUUUGAAUGAUGUAUCUGCAGGAAGUUUAGACCCUAAUAUGCAUAAUGUUGUCGCUAAUUCCGAUGUUCCUUAUAUGGUUAUGCACAUGAGAGGAGAUCCAUGUACAAUGCAAAACAAUGAGAAUUUGCAAUAUAAUGAUGUAUGUAAGGAUGUUGCUUCAGAGCUUUAUUUGAGAGUAAGAGAUGCAGAACUCUCUGGGAUUCCAGCUUGGAGGAUCAUGAUUGAUCCAGGAAUUGGAUUUUCAAAGAGAAUUGAUCACAAUAUAGAUAUUAUCAUGGGUUUGACAAAAAUCCGGAAAGAAAUGGGUAAGAAGAGCAUAGCAUUGUCUCAUGCACCUAUGCUCAUAGGGCCUUCAAGGAAGAGAUUUUUGGGAGAUAUUUGUGGUCGUCCUGAAGCAAGUGAGAGAGAUCCAGCAACUGUUGCUUGUGUUAGUGCAGGGAUAUUAGGAGGUGCCAAUAUCAUAAGAGUUCAUAAUGUUAGAGAUAAUGCAGAUGCAGCAAGGCUAUGCGACGCGAUGAUGAGAAGAAAGAUGUGCGAAGGAUGA